AUGACUACUGUGGUUAAAGAAUCCACACCAAAGAGAGGGCGUACCAAUUUGGCUUGCGACAGGUGUCGCCAAAGGAAAACACGUUGCGACGGAGUGCAACCGGUUUGUGGAACAUGUAUGAAGCGCAAAAUUCCAUGUAAAUUUGAGCGUAAAUACCCUCGAGCUCAGGUUUCUGUUCAGUAUGUCAAGACACUCGAAGAGAAGUUGAAAAUCCUAAAAUCUCAAGGCAGAGACAAAUUUAACGAUAACGUCAAUUUGAAUGUUAAUAACAACGGCUCGACAGCAAAUCCAAUAGAAGGUCUCGGAAUUGAUUCCUCUUCUAGUGGUGAACUUCUUCACAGCCAAAAUCAAAAUCAGAUUAACCAACAAAAUCAAAUACAUUACCACACUCAGUAUUCAAUACAACAACUACCUAACUCAAUCAAUAACCGCAUUACGCCUCAACCUAUCCGUAACUCGGGGUUCUCCGCCAUGUCCGAUGAAGAGACCAGUGCAGAUGCCAUGGGAGCUGGCUCUCUUUCUGAUGACAGGAGCAAAGACAAGAACUUCUACGGAUCUUCAGCAGCAGUUUCGUUCAUGAAAGAACUUGCUUUAACUGUAGAUGGAGGUCCCCAAAGGUCGGACUCGGAAAACAAGAAAUUUGUGGAACGAGCCAAGUACAAGAUGUCUCGUAACGAUGCUAGAAGCACCAAAGGGUUAUCAGAUAUGUUGGUUCCUCCACGGAGUAUCGCUGAUCGUUACAUAAGAAACUACUUCGACUUCACCUACAAUCUCUACCCGUUUGUACACAAGCCAACAUUUAUGGCAGCCUAUGACGAAAUCUGGUCUGCUGAUGCUGGUUCCUAUGAGGUGGAUGAGCUUUUCUACUCUAUUCUUAAUAUCAUUUUUGCAUUUGGUUGUCGACUCCUGUUAGACAUUGACCAUCAGGAAAGCUUUGCCAAUGCUGACAUGUACUUUGAGCGAUCGCAGGAGUUGCUCCGGUUUCAUCUCAUGGAUGCCGGGUCACUCUUGUUGGUACAAGCGUUGAUACUUACGGGCCAGUAUUUACAAGCUACAACCAGACUGGCUGGGUGUUGGAACAUCAUAGGAUUGGCCAUCCGAAUGGCGCAGGGUUUGGGGUUACACGAGGAACAGAAUCUUGAGUCUACUAACAGUUACAUUGAAAAAGAGAUGAGAGAGAGAUUAUGGCAUGGUUGUUUAAUGAUGGAUAGGAUAGUAUCAAUGACUUUAGGAAGACCCAUGAUGGUAAUGCAUGAGUCCCGUAUGUCUUUACCUUCAGCGAUUGAUGAUGAGAAUAUCUUAGACGAUUCCUACGUACCCUCUUCUAAUCCAUCUUACAUGUGUUUUUUUAAUGAAACGGUUAAGCUCUACGACAUACUUGCAGACAUUUUGAAGAUUUUCUAUUCUAGCAGUGAACCUGAAUUUUUUGAUCUCUUUCUCAGUAUUUUUAAAAUCGAAGAGAGACUCCAUAAAUUCCAUGAAAAUGUACCUAAGCAUAUUAAGUUCGGGUUUGAGUUGCACGAAAAGCCUUUCCGUCGUCAGAGUAUCAUUCUCCACUUGCGGUACUUGCAUUUGAAGAUGGUACUAUAUCGCCGUGUAUUAUUUCCUAAAAAAUAUGCUGCAAACAGGCGGGAAAUUCACUCCGAAUUAAUUUCCCAUACCACAAAUUCGAUCUCCUUGCUUUGUGUGGAAGCUGCGAUCGAGUUGAUUCAGGUGGUUAAGAAAUAUAGAGCGGAGGACAUAGAGAUAUUGCCAGCUAGUUGGUACACUGUGUUCUACUUGUACAGUGCGGAGACUGUUAUGUUGGCAGCUAAACUUAAGCCCACCCUACAAGAAGAAACCAGCACGGAAGUCUUUACCACUGCAUGGACCAACGGGUUAGAAAUGUUGGCCGGCUACCAAGAUGAAUCAGAGUCGGCAGUGCGGUGUUUGAAGAUAUUGGAGAUCAUGGGAGAAAGAGUUCACGCUUCCGCCUUCCGACACAAGCGGCAUAUUGACAUUCCUACGGUCGGCAGCGACUCGGCCCAAAACAGUCCUUCGCAUAUUCCUUCCGAUAUUCUCUAUUCAUUAUUGUAUGAUACAGCAGGGCCAUUUGGAGGUCCUUUCUUCUACCGAGAAGAAAUGAAUCGGUUUUCCAGCUAG